UAAAAUCACCCAAAGAGCUGGGAUUACAGGCAUUAGCCACUGUGUCCACUCUUUACUGGUUUUUAAAUGUGUAUUUGAGCCUGAAUGGUGGGUAUUGGGUCAGAGAUAACCAAUCUCCUCAGGGCAUAAAAAGAUGAGAUAUAUGAAAUUUGAGCUCUUUUAAAAUAGCUUCACUACUCUCUUUAGGAAUAUAGUUAACUUUUCUUGGAUAGAUUUGUCAUCUCUUGCAUAAGCCUCUUCCAUUGGUAUAUUUUCUCGUAUGUACAGGACCUGUUCAAAUUCAGUCUGUCUCUUGACUGGAGGAGGAAGAAAAGUUGAGCACAUUGUCAAUAGGAGUUCUCCAAGAAUGACAAGUUAAAACCAAAGUGUCAGCACUUCAACAACCUUUUUUUUGGCUUAACAAAACAUCAAACGGCAUACAAAUGGCUGAAAUCCACAAUGGAGGGGAACUCUGUGACUUUAUGGAAAAUGGAGAAAUCUUUAGUGAACACUCAUGCCUUAAUACACACGUGGAAACUGAAAAUACAGGGGACACUUAUGACUGUGAGGAGUAUGGAGAAAACUUUCCCAUGUUCCACAACAGUGCCCCUACUGGAGAGACACUUUCUGUGUUGAAUCAGUGUAGAAAAGCCUUUAGCCUGCCACCAAAUGUUCACCAGAGAACGUGGAUAGGAGACAAAUCCUUUGAAUACAGUGACUGUGAGGAAGCCUUUGUUGAUCAGUCACAUCUUCAGCCAAAUAGGAUAACUCACAGUGGAGAAAAUCUCUAUGAGCAGAAGCAAUGUGGGAGAGCUUUUACUUACUCCACAAGCCAUGCUGUGUCUGUUCAAAUGCGUACUGUAGAAAAACCCUACGAAUGUAAGGAAUGCGGAAAAUUCUUUAGGUAUUCUUCAUAUCUUAAUAGUCACAUGCGAACCCAUACUGGGGAGAAACCCUACGAAUGUAAAGAAUGUGGGAAAUGCUUCACUGUUUCUUCACACCUAGUUGAACAUGUAAGAAUUCAUACUGGAGAAAAACCCUAUCAGUGUAAGGAAUGUGGAAGAGCCUUCGCUGGGCGCUCAGGCCUUACUAAACAUGUACGAAUACACACUGGAGAGAAGCCCUAUGAAUGUAACGAAUGUGGGAAAGCCUACAAUAGGUUUUAUCUGCUAACUGAACAUUUUAAAACUCACACAGAGGAGAAGCCCUUUGAAUGUAAGGUAUGUGGAAAAUCCUUUAGAAGCUCUUCAUGCCUUAAGAAUCACUUUAGAAUUCACACUGGAAUAAAACCCUAUAAAUGUAAGGACUGUGGGAAAGCAUUCACUGUUUCCUCAAGCUUACAUAAUCAUGUAAAAAUCCAUACCGGAGAGAAGCCCUUUGAAUGUAAGGACUGUGGGAAAGCCUUUGCUACAUCUUCGCAACUCAUCGAACAUAUAAGAACUCACACUGGAGAGAAACCGUAUAUAUGUAAGGAAUGUGGGAAAACCUUUCGUGCUUCUUCACACCUACAGAAACACGUUAGAAUUCACACUGGAGAGAAACCCUAUAUAUGUAACGAAUGUGGGAAAGCCUACAAUAGAUUUUAUUUACUUACUAAACAUUUAAAAACACACUGAAGAAGAAAACUCUGAAUGUAAGGAAUGUGGAAAUCUUAGGAAUUUCUUAUGCCAUAAUUGCUACAUUUGAAUUCACACUGUUGAGAAAUCUUAUUGGUGCAAAGAAUGUGCGGAGGCCUUCAGUUAUUCCCAUUCACUUUGAAGAAAUGAAAAAAUUCACACUCUCUGUGUCCCCCAUAGAUUUUAGAAAUGUUAGGGAACCAUUGGAUUUUUUUUUUUUUUUUUUUUUUU